AUGCCCGAAGCAGUAAACGGACUCGAGAACGAUGGCGGUCAUCAAGUCAAGAUGGCCAUUGGAAGGACCUUGGAUGACGUCCCGGCUGCUACUUCGUCCGACAACAUUCUAUGGACCAGGGAUAUGACUCAAUGCUGUGCAAUAGCAACGUGUGACUUGGAAGGUGACGACGGCGAGGUCCAAAGAACUUUAUAUCACGCCCAAGGCUCCAAUCCCACAAACGCCUACUUCUCAACUCUUGUUGGAAUGAUUGACCCCGAUCAUACUACUCAGGUUAUUAUCGGCAAUGGCUCAGAUGAUGAUAGACGACAAUCAUUUGAGAUGUUUGCCGUUGCUAACGUCAAAGAGAAAUUUACGGCUGCCAUGAACACGGCUAACAAGUCUAUGGAUAACGUGGUUUUCAAGAUUUUCUUCACUUUGAAAGCGGAUGAUGAGAGUAAAGGCUUGUUACCGGGAAGUUUCGGCAUUGAUGAAUCAGGUUUCUGGGGGAGGAUCGUGUUGAAAGAUGCGAAGAAGGAUAAGGCUGGAAAGAAGGGUGAUAAGGAUGAGGAGAAAGAGGAUAAGGAUGGGAAGAAGAACGCUGAGGCUGGGAGCUCGAAGAGCAAGAUUGCUUCUACGGCUAGAAGUUUCAUGGCAGCUGCACCGGGGGUAGCAGCUGGUGGUGAGGAUGAGGAGGAUGAAGAUAAAGCGGGCUCAGAGCAGGACGCUGAAGAUGAGGCUGGUGAAGAGGGGAAAGAUGAUGAGGGUGAGGAUGAGGAGGGGAAAAAUGAUGAGGAAGAAGCUGGUGACGAGGACGCCGACGAGGAGGAGCAAGGCGACGAUGAUGAGCCGGCGGAUGAGGACGAUGAGAACGAAAAGGAUGAAGGAGAUGACGAGGAAGCUGAUGAGGAGGGCAAUGACGAGGAAGAACCAGAUGGAGACGAGGAGCAAGAGGGUGGAGAUGAAGUUGAGGAAGGGGAUGAGGGUGCAGAGGCGGAAGAGGGUGAGGAGGGUGAGGAUGAAGAAGGAAAGGAGGAGGAGGUAGGUGAUAAGAAGUAA